AUGGAAGCAUCGUACACAUGUACAUGUAAAUUAAAUGAUUCUGAGGAUGCGGUACCUCAAAAAGUGAAGUUGAAGACUGGCAAGUAUUUAAUUGAACUUUGGGGUGCAAGCGGAGGAUGUAAUACGAAAGAACGAAGCGGUAAAGGCACAUAUGUAUGGAUUAGUUUAGAUCUUGUCAAAGAACAAACUUUCUGGAUAUUUGUUGGUGGAACUUCGACUUAUUCUAAUAUAACAAUGGUGAAAGGCGGUUGUAACGGCGGUGGUGAUUCACACCAAGGAACAUUCAAUGAUGGUAACGCUCUGAUAGCCGGCGGUGGUGGUGGAUCUACUUCAAUAUGUCUGUCACUUUUUGAUUCCGAUAGAAUUGCCGUUGCGGCUGGUGGUGGUGGUUGUGGGCGAGUUGGUGACGGCGGCAACGCCGGUGGGUUAAUUGGAUCCAAUGGAACAUCCAUUAAACCCAAUUUCCCAGGAUUGGGUGCAAGUCAAGAUGGACCUGGGAUCGGAGAUUUUUAUAUUGAUGGAAAUAAUUAUGUUCAUAAGGCAGAAAAUGGAAAGAUUAAAAAAGGAGGAAAAGGAUAUGGAUUGAGUUAUAACGGCGGUUGUGGAGGAGGGGGAUAUUAUGGAAGAGGUGGUUCCUAUGAGGCAGGUGGUGGUGGUGGAUCUUCGUUUAUAAAGUCAGGUUAUUAUGGCCGAAUUCAAAGUGGAUCAGAAACAUUUCGGUCUCCUGAAGGUAUUAACGAAGAAGGCCACUACGGUAAUGGUUUUGCACGAAUCAAAUUCAUCUCAUACUCAUGUGUAGUUCAAUAUUUUAAUAGGAAUAAUUUUCAAUUUGGUAGCAUAUAUCUUUUUGAAUAUAAAAAUUAA